AUGUUUAGAUUUUGUAAUAAUAAAAUUUCAAUUAUUAAAGAAUUUUCAUCAUCAAUUCCAAUUAUUUUUAUUAAAAAUGAUACAAUAUCAAGAUCAACCAAAUUAAAUAGAAAAUUUAUCACAAACAACACCAACAAUAAAGACUUAAUUUUCACAAAUAAUAAAAAUCAAUUAAAAUCUUCUUCCCAAUUAUUUAACAAUAGUAAAUUUUUGAAUAAAAAAUUUUUUUUCUUCUUACCAUCUGGAUAUCCUUAUGAUGAAAUCCUCGAUGUUCAUGAGAUUUUAGAAACUUAUUCAGAUAAAGCUCUGGAUGAUCCACAACAAAAACAUUAUCAUCUUAAUAGUAAUAAACCAAUCAAGGGAGACUCACCAAAUCAAAAAUAUCAUGGUAGUUUAGCUGAUCUUAACAUUAAUCGAAGUCCUGGAAACCUUGAAAGUAGUGAUGCUAAAAACAAUCCCAGAGGUAGCCCUGGAGGAAUAAGUGGAGGUGGUAUGAGAAUUAGACAUGACCGUCGCAAUUUUAGAGUUUUUAUUGAUACCUUAUUUACUCCACGUGUAAAAGAUGCAGUAUUCAGUACUAUACUUGGAUUGACUGUCAUUUUUCUAGGCGGUGUCUUGUAUCAAUCAUGGUAUGAGUGGCAUGAAGGUCGUAAAGUAUUAAAAGCAUUCACCGAUUCACUACCCUCGCUAAGACCAAAAAUGAACUACCUAGAGAAAGAUGAAUACAAGAGUUUGUUUCAUGCAAUAGCAGGUGAUACAAAAGGAAUAUAUUAUUUGUUGGUGGGGGAGAAUGGGACAGGAAAAUCACAAAUUGUGUUUCAGGCAAUGGAUAGAUGCAAUCAGUUUGGUAUAGUGUUUUGUGAGGCUCAUUCAAACCCGGAAAUAUUUAAAGUACGAUUGGGUAGAUCGUUGAAUUAUACUUAUAGAGAAGAUUAUAUUGGUGGAUUGUUUGCUAGAGAAGCUCCGGAACGAGGCUCAGCAUUGUUGGAUAUUGAGAAGGCGCUGAAUGUUGUUGAGGAGGCAGCAUACAAAUAUAAAGGCAAGUAUGAUAAACCACUUGUGCUCAUAAUCAACAAUAUUCAUUCGUUAAAAGAUGAUGAAGAUGGUGAAGAUAUGUUGGAAUUGUUACAACAAAGAGCCGAAUCAUGGGCUUCAAGUGGUGUUGUCACUAUGAUAUUUAAUACUGAUGAUCAUUGGGUUUAUGAAAGGAUGAGAACAGAUGACUCACAUAUGGAGGUUAUUAAAGUGCAUGAUUUAAAUAAAGAUGAGGCAAUUGAAUUCCUGAAAGAUAAAAGAAACGGACGUGAACCUGAAGAAGUAUUGGAGAAAAUUGUGGAUGAAUGUGUUGGCGGUAGACUAUUAUAUUUAAAUAAAUUGGCUAAAGCAGACGACGUAGAUUUAUUUGAGGCAGCAAAUAGAUUAAAGGAAGAACAGAAAACUUGGCUGAUAAAUUUGAUUGGUUUAAUUCCAAAUUUUGAUGGAUUAGAAAUUGAAUCACAACGAUAUGCAGUAGCAGCUUGGAAAUUGAUUCGAGAACUAGUUCGUUCACCAACCAAAACUAUUUCGAUAAUUGAAGGUAGAUCAAUAAUUGGUAAUUCAAGAUAUUUGAAGAAAUUGGAUCAUGAUGGAAUAAUAAUGAUUGAUCAGGACAAUCAGAUAAAACCAGACUCACAGAUUAGUUAUGAUAUUUUCGAAGAGAUGAUCCAAUCGCCGGAUUUCAACAAGAUAUUGAAAAAAGUUGAUCAGAGAUUAAUGAAAGCUGAUAAAAUUAUUUGGGAUAAUGGAAAUAAAUGGUGGAAAUUUUGGUGA